AUGCUCAGGCUACAGAAGAGGCUUACCUCUAGUGUCCUCCGCUGUGGUAAAAAGAAAGUCUGGUUGGACCCCAAUGAGACCAAUGAGACCAAUGAGAUUGCCGAUGCCAACUCCCAUCAGCAGAUCAGGAAGCUGAUCAAAGAUGGGCUGAUCAGCCAGAAGCCUGUGACUGUCCAUUCCUGGGCACGCUGCUGGAAAAACACCUUGGCCCAACAGAAGGGCAGGCAUAUGGGCAUAGGGAAGAGGAAGGGUACUGCCAAUGCACGGAUGCCUGAGAAGGUGACCUGGAUGAGAAGGAUGAGAAUCCUGCACCAGCUUCUCAGGAGAUACCAGGAAUCUAAGAAGAUUGACCGCCAUAUGUAUCACAGCCUGUACCUGAAGGUCAAAGGGAAUGUAUUCAAAAACAAGCGGAUUCUCAUGGAGCAUAUCCACAAAACGAAGGCAGACAAGGCUUGCAAGAAGCUACUGGCUGACGAGGCUGAGGCUCUCAGGCCUAAGACCAAGGAAGCACGGAAGCGCAGGGAGGAGCGUCUCCAGGCCAAGAAGGAAGAGACCAAGAAAUAAAGCUUCCCUCAUGUCUGUACAUAGGGGCCUGGCUGUGGCCUCAUAAGGAUCAGUCAUUAAAAU